AACAGAGUCAACAGACAUACAUCGUUGAUUGAGAUUUCUCUCUCUGCCCGCCCAACCUAUCAUUUGCCAGCUACAGGCGCAGCAACAGGGCGGCCCUCAAGCAGGCUGGAGACCCGACCCGCAUCAUCAUCAGUCAAUCCAUCAUCGAUCCCCAGUCCCUUGCACGCCAUAGACGACCACUCCGAUGACCCCUGAGAACCCAUCUGCGGGACAAAGUUUCCGAUGAGGAGGCGGCCAAGAAGAGUAAGAAGAAGAAAGAGAGUGGCCACAAGGUGACGGGACAAAAACAAACAUGGGCUUCUCCACGGACAACAUCACCGGCGUUGUCUUGGCCCUGCUCUCCAGCGGGUUCAUCGGCGCCAGCUUCAUCAUCAAGAAGAAGGGCCUCCGCCGUGCCGCUGCUGCUUCCGGCGUCAGAGCCGGUGUCGGUGGUUUCUCGUACCUCUUGGAGCCUCUCUGGUGGUUGGGCAUGGUGACAAUGAUUGUCGGGGAGGUCGCAAAUUUCGUGGCAUAUGCAUUCGCCCCAGCAGUUCUUGUUACCCCUCUUGGUGCCUUGAGUAUCAUUGUCAGUGCCGUUCUUGCUCACUUCAUCUUGAAGGAAAGGCUACACAAGCUCGGGAUGUUGGGCUGCUUGAUGUGCAUCGCUGGCUCCGUGAUAAUCGUAAUUCACGCACCACAAGAGCGUCCUAUAACUUCAGUUAAAGAGAUCUGGGUUAUGGCGACUCAACCAGCUUUCCUUCUCUACGUGGGGUCCGUUGUUCUGUUGGUCUUCAUUCUCAUCUUCCAUUUUAGUCCACGAUGUGGCCACACAAACGUGAUGGUUUUCACUGGCAUUUGCUCGUUAAUGGGCUCCCUUACGGUGAUGAGUGUUAAAGCCCUGGGAACUUCAUUGAGAUUGACUUUCGAAGGGAGAAACCAGUUGAUAUACCUGGAGACUUGGUUCUUCAUGUUGGUUGUAGCUACUUGCGUCAUCACGCAGAUGAAUUAUCUUAACAAGGCGCUCGACACGUUCAACACAGCAAUUGUGUCACCAAUAUAUUAUGUCAUGUUCACGACUCUGACCAUUCUUGCCAGUGUUAUAAUGUUCAAGGAUUGGGAUGGACAGAGUGGGGGAAGCAUCGCAUCAGAAAUAUGUGGCUUCAUCGUUGUGCUGUCUGGUACCAUCUUGUUGCAUUCAACAAAAGACUACGAAAGGAACUCGUCGUUCAGAGGAAGUCAUACACCUCUUUCUCCUUCCUUAUCUGCCCGCCUGUUUAGUGGAAAUGGAGACUCUAAAUACGAUGAAGAAGCUCCUUCAAGUGAGCAGCUUUCUUCAAGGAAACAAGAGCCAUACUAGUAUUUCCGAGGGAAAAAAAUCCGGAAACUGAGAAUUGGACAAUUUAUGGAGAAGUCUUCCCUCUAUGGCUUUCCCUGCACAAAUCCUGGACGAGAUCAGAAGACUGGCUUCACAAUUUGGUAAUGGGGGAGUUGUCGAUAAGAGCAGUACUGGCUUCAGAUCAUAUCGUCAAUUCUGCUUUGGGAAUGAGUAAAUAACAUUUAGCCUUCAUUGUGAAUAUUUGUUAUAGUCGAGCCGAUCAUACGAGGAAGGUUUCUAGAAGGAGCCCCUGAAAAAGGGGAUCGAUUUGAUACAGAAAUUAAGGGAGUGCAUAGCUUAGUGUGCUCUGUAUUUGUGUUUCUGUGGCCUUAGUGUGCUUUCUAUAUGGUGGGCGUGCUUUCUAUAUGGUGGGCAUGCUUUCUUCAAUUCUUUCGAUGUCCAUAGCAAUGGAAAAGAAUGAACCAAUGAUCAAUGUCUCUUGCUGUGAAUGGUUUGUCAAAUAGUUUUCACUGAUUCAGUA